CGGUUUUACUGAGGGGCGGGCAGGGGGAGGAGCUGCCGGUGGUGGCGGCAGAGGGAAGGGCGGUCCCGGCGCUCGGCGGCAUCUCGGGGGAGGAUGCCGGUCCAUUCCCGGGAGAAGAAGGAGAACAACCACGAUGAGAUGGAGGUGGAUUAUGGGGAGAACGAGGGGAGCUCCUCGGAAGAGGAGGAAACUGAGAGCUCGUCCGUGUCCGAGGAGGGGGACAGCUCAGAAAUGGAUGACGAGGACUGUGAAAGAAGAAGAAUGGAAUGCUUAGAUGAAAUGUCCAAUCUUGAAAAACAAUUUACAGAUCUCAAAGAUCAACUUUACAAAGAAAGAUUAAGCCAAGUAGAUGCAAAACUACAGGAAGUCAUAGCUGGAAAGGCACAAGAAUACUUGGAACCAUUAGCAGCUUUGCAAGAAAACAUGCAAAUCCGAACAAAGGUGGCAGGUAUCUAUAGAGAGCUCUGUUUAGAGUCUGUAAAGAACAAAUAUGAAUGCGAAAUUCAAGCUUCUCGCCAACACUGUGAGAGUGAGAAGCUCUUGUUGUAUGAUACUGUACAAAGUGAACUAGAAGAGAAGAUCAGAAGAUUAGAAGAAGACAGACAUAGCAUUGAUAUUACCUCAGAGUUAUGGAAUGAUGAACUACAGUCCAGGAAAAAAAGAAAGGAUCCAUUUAGUCCAGAUAAAAAGAAACCCGUUGUCAUAUCAGGCCCCUAUAUAGUUUAUAUGUUACAAGACCUCGAUAUACUUGAAGACUGGACAACAAUAAGGAAGGCAAUGGCAACGCUGGGGCCACACAGAGUAAAGCCAGAACCACCUGUCAAAUUAGAAAAGCAUUUGCACAGUGCUAGGUCUGAAGAAGGAAGGCUCUAUUAUGAUGGAGAGUGGUAUGGCCGUGGACAGACAAUAUGUAUUGAUAAGAAAGAUGAGUGCCCCACAAGUGCCAUAAUUACAACAAUUAACCAUGAUGAAGUGUGGUUUAAGAGGCCUGAUGGAAGUAAAUCCAAACUGUACAUUUCUCAGUUACAGAAAGGAAAGUAUUCAAUAAAACAUAACCACAAUUGACCAUUACUAAACAGAUGUGUAACAAAUGGUGUUACCAUGCUUGAUGUGCCAAUGAGAUGAAAGAUGUAUUUAAUGUUUUGUAUUUUGUAUUAAAUUUAUGGCAGUAUCUGAUGUAUUUGUAGUACUGUACGUAAACUUCAUAUGGGUGUCAUUGAAUAGGUUAAGACUCUUAAUCAUGUUGACCAAUACAUUUUACCUCUAAACUGGGUCCAGUGCCUAAAAUAUGAAGUAUACCUUCACAAAUAAUGGCUGAACUUCUGAUUUAAAAAUGUAUGUAAAAUACAAAACAUUCACUUUUUAUUGGUGACUAGAUUUUUUUUUUUUAACUUGAAACCCUGAACAGCUCUGACUUCUACAAGUUUAGCCAUGCCUCCUGUCGCAAAAGAAAGCCACCAUUAAAAGUUUGAGGAGCACUUUUUGGUACCCAAUAAUAAAUUAACAAUGUUGGUGAUGUUCUUUUCCAGGUUAUGAAAAAUGUCACUAGCAAAACCAAUGUAAUUAGCACAGCCUCUACCUGAAGUGUAUAUGGCCCAUAAAGGGUAUGAGGGUCUGGCAGUAUUACUGUGUAAAUGGUAAAUAACUGAAAGUAUUAUGUUGCAUGCUUUACUUGUCUGAUCUAUAGUCUUAUGAAACAAAUAUUCUAAAAACACUUUGUCAACAGCAAAUGUUACCCUCAGAAAUGGUAUAUCUGGGACAAAUUAACAGUGACCUGUUCAUUAUAUGGCAUCUUUGUAAAUUUCCCAUAUUUUACUCUCUUUUUUUUUUCCUUAAGAAUUGUUUCAUGCAAGCUUAACUUCCCAAACUGCACAAAAGUUACCUUUUAGGACAUCAGGGACAGAGUCUGAAAUUCCUAAUGUUAUAAUAAGUGUCUGGAGUAUGUAGACAAACAGGUGGGAUUGGAGAAAAAUAAGAUUUUUCUGGUGAUUGUGUGUGUACUUCACUGUCUCUUAUGAUGAGACUCUCUUUUUAAUGCAAGGAAAACUUGCAUUUACUUAAACUGAUUAUGGCAAAACAGUAUUUGCAUUGUCCUACUUAAUACUUAACAGCUUUACUUCUAAAAUGUCAUUGCUGGUGUGCAGGGUGGUAACUACUUGAUUGUUGCCAAAAUUCUAAAAUAUUGGACCUUUACAGUGAUAGAAAAGCAUUGCUCAGGAUAAACUGCAUGUCAUAUUAACAUUAGCCAACUGUAUAUAAAAUAACAGUUGAAGUGUUGGCUUUUGAGUACUUACUUAGUAUGUACACAGUUUGAUAAAAAUUUUGUAAUAUUUGUAUUUUUAAUGCAAUAUAUAAAUAAAUGAUCUGUGGUAGUAGACAUUUUGUACAGUUUUUUUCUUAAGAGUUACAGAUGUCUAAUUCUAAAGACAGCUAAAAUAUUGUAGUAUUUAAUAUUGCCUAGAAAUGUAUUUGUUCCACAGAAUCUAAAAAGGUGAAUACAGAUAUUUUUCUGGAAAAUCACUUGUAAAUGUAAUAUGUUUACAAUAAACUAGAAUGUAGACAUCUACGUUCCAGUAUAUAUGUGGACUUAGACUGAGACACUUGUAGUAUAUGUCUGUUAUAUUUCUGGCUUCUUUACCUCAUGUCUUUGUGAAUGUGAAGUAUGUGAAAGUUUAAACACAACAGAAGUCGUACAUGUGUUCUAAACAAGGUUUGUUUUAAAAAUUGUAGAAACAUACACUUACUUGUUCAUUUGAAA